UGCUGCUACAAGCUGGGGGUAAAUGGUGGUGGUUUGCGCUGGGGUGGCAGCGGCGAUGGUGGGAUUACAGGGAAGUGUGUGGCUUGCCAACAGGGGUCAUGUGCACUGACCCAGUGUGGGCAGAGGCAGGUGCUGUCCUGGCCAUCCCGCCUGUGGAUGUGUGACCUCAGGCCAAUCACACGAUCUCUUUGAGCUCUGCUUCCCUCAUCUGUAAAACAGGGAUCCUCAUGGUACUUUCCUUGUAGCUCUGCCCUGAGAAUGCUGUGCAUUUAGCAAUGGCUGUUCCCGAGUGAGGGCUCAAUAAAUGUUGGUUAUUGUUGUCAUUAUUUCUGGAGAUAGCAGUGGGGGUGGGGGUUGUGGCCACUAUAAUGCCACUAGUUAUAUGGUCUGAAACUCAAGAGAGGGAUUGUAUUAGUUUCAUUGUGUCUCUAUGAGUGAAUACCUGAGGCUGGGUAAUUUAUAAACAAAAGAAGUUUAGUUGGCUCACGGUUCUGCAGGCUGUACGGGACGUGUGGUCCUGGCAGCUGCUUCUGGCAAGGGCUUCAGGAAGCUUACAAUCGUGGUGAAAGGUAAAGGGGUAGUUGGCAUAUCUCAUGGUGGGGGGAAAAGACUGGUGGGAGGUGACACGCUUUUUUUUUUGGUUUGUUUGUUUGUUUAGACGGAGUCUUGCUCUGUUGCCAGGCUGGAGUGCAGUGGCACAAUCUCGGUUCACUGCAACCUCUGCAUCCCGGGUUCAAGUGACUCUCCUGCCUCAGCCUCCCAAGUAGCUGGGACUACAGGCGCCCGCCACCACGCCCAGCUAAUUUUUGUAUUUUUAGUAGAGACCAGGUUACACCGUGUUGGCCAGGAUGGUCUCGAUCUCGACCUCGUAAUCCGCCCACCUCGCCCUCCCAAAGUUGGGAUUACAGGCGUGAGCCACUGCACUCAGCCUGACAUGCUCUUUUAAACAACUAGAUCUCAUGUGAACUCAGCGAGAUCUCACUCAUUACCUCGAGGAUGGCACCAAGCCAUUCAUGAAGGAUCCACCCGCAUGAUCCAAAUGCCUCCCACCAAGCCCCAUCUCCAACAUUGGGGAUUACAUUUCAACAUGAGAUUUGGAGGAGGCCAGGUGUGGUGGCUCAACCCUGUAAUCCCAGCACUUUGGGAGGCUGAGGCAGGUGGAUCACCUGAGGUCAGGAGUUGGAGACUAGGUGGCCAAUAUGGUGAAAGCCGUCUCUACCAAAAAUAUAAAAUUGUUAUAUUUUAUAUAAUACAGCUGGGCGUGGUAGUGCAUACCUGUAAUCUCAGCUAUUUGGGAGGCUGAAACAGGAGAAUCACCUGAGCCCGGGAGGUGGAGGUUGCAGUGAGCCUAGAAUUGCACCACUGCACUUUAGCCUGGGCAACAGAGCAAGACUCCACCUCCAAAAAAAAAAAAAAAAGAUUUGGAGGGGACAAACAUCUUAACUAUAUCAGGGAUCUUGGCAAGACACUCAGGUUGGGUAAUUGUCCAAGUAGACCAGGGGUUCUCAACCAGGAGCAAUGUUGCCUCCUAGGGGACACAGGCAAUGUCUAGAGACAUUUUGGGUUGUCACAACUCGGGGUUGGGGGAGGGUGCUACUGGCAUCUGGUGGGUGGAGGCCAAGGAUGCUGCUCAACACCCUACAGUGCACAGGAUGGUCCCCAACAACAAAGAGUGGUCUGGCUCAAAAUGUGUGGUGGCCCACGCCCGUAGUCCCAGCUGCUUGGGAGACUGAAGUGGAAGGAUCACUUGUGCCUGGGAGGUUGAGGUUGCAGUGAGCCAGAAGCAUGCCAGUGCACUCCAGCGUGGGCGACAGAGUGAGACUCUGUCUCAAAAAUAUACACACUGCUCAGUUAAAUGUUUAAAAAGUACCUUGUGUCCCAAACCAAAUAUAACUGUGAGGGCUUUUGGGCCCUUGGGCCUCCAGUUUACAACUGGUUGACAGUGGUCUCUGGAAUUGUUCCAUAAGGUAGGAGCCAUAUGUGGCUUAAAUUUUGAUUAUGAGAAAUUAUUAUUUUUUGAGACGGUCUCCCUCUGUUGCCCAGGCUGCAGUAUAGAGGCUCGAUCUUGGUACACUGCAACCUCCACCUCCUGGGUUCAAGUGAUUCUCCUGCCUCAGCCUCCCAAGUAGCUGGGACUGCAGGGGAGCACCACUACGCCCAGCUAAUUUUUGUACUUUUAGUAGAGAAGGAGUUUCACCAUGUUGGCCAGGCUGGUCUCGAACUCCUGACCUCAGGUGAUCCACCCACCUUGGCCUCCGAAAGUGCUGGGAUUACAGGUGUGAGCCGCCGUGCUGAUUAUGGGAAAUUUAAUACAAUUUAAAAUUCAGGUCCUCUGAUACACCAGCCACAUUUCAAGAGUGUAAGAGUCCCACGUGGCUAGUGACUGUCAUAGAACUUUCCACCAUUGUAGAAAGUUCUGAUGGACAGUGCUCUAGGACGUAGCUGUGGCACCCCUAGGGUCUUGGGGCUCGCUGCGACAGUUACUCCUCUUCUGUCCCCCACUCCCAGCUGCACCUGCAGAUGCUGCUGCUGCCGCCCUCCAGCGAGGCCGUGGCGCCACGUGGCUGGAGGAGGAGCUGCAGCUGCCCCGAGUGCUGCCGCGUGUGCAGCUCUCCAGUGCGGCUGCAGCGCCACCGCGCGUUGCUUUCGACGCCCGAGUCCUUCGCAUGCGCAGCCAGCGCCCGGGCCUCAAGUGCCCCAGGACCUGGCACAGCCCGCGAGCCUGCAUCAGGCUUCCAGUGGGCCCCGUGGGCAGUGCCAGCCUUUCCCACCUCCACAUCUCGCAAAGCCUGGCCUUCGCUGCGCCUCGGUCGCCACGUGCCUUCUGGAAAUAUCACACCUCCCCACCUGCGCAUGUAGCCGUCCUCUGUGGGCCUCGGUUCCCGCAUGUGCCCCGUGGGAAGAACACACCUUCCCCAACUAUCUGGCAGCGUCUGGCCUUCUCCGGGCCUCGGUCUCCCCAUUUGCUGGGUGGAGAAUCACGGCCCGGCCACAUCGGAGCAAUGGCUGGCCUCUGGACCUCGGUCUCUACAUUUGCUCAGCCGGCAGGAACAUACCUUCUCCGGCCCUGUACCUCGGUGGGUGGCCACGGCCGAGCAGGCAGCGACGGCCCAGUGGAAAGAGAACAAACCCUUGUGGGCCUUAGGGCAAAGACGUAAUUUUGCUUAGUCUCGGUUUAUUGGCCAAUCUGUUGUCAAGCGUCGGAACUGUUCCGAUCGGGAGGUGGGAGGGGAGCGGGGCCGCCGGGGGCGGGCGUCUUCAGUGGACCCCGCGCCUCCGGUCCCCUCCUCGCAGGGCGCUCCGCAGAGGCGAGGGGUGGGAGCGCCGGCUCCAGGCGGCGGAACCUCCGCACAGGGCUCGCGCGCUUCCGGCCGGCGCCUUUUCCCAGGGACGCCGCCAACCCCUCGCGCCCCCGCGCCCGCGCCCCCAGUCCCCGCGUCCCCGGCGCCGCCGGCCCGGAGCUGCCCGGAAGUCUCGGUUCCGCCGCCGGCGCUCGCCAGGGGAAGCCCGGGGCCGCCCGGGACCUCGGCCCGUUCCUCCGGACCCGAGAGCCCGCCGCACGGGCUGCCGCUCCAGAUGCUGCUGCUGCCGCCGCGGCCACCCCACCCUCGGUCCUCCUCUCCGGAGGCCAUGGACCCACCGCCCCCCAAGGCUCCCCCUUUCCCCAAGGCGGAAGGCCCCUCCUCCACUCCUUCCUCGGCGGCGGGGCCCCGUCCCCCGCGGCUGGGCCGCCACCUCCUCAUCGACGCCAAUGGGGUCCCCUACACAUACACGGUGCAGCUGGAGGAGGAGCCCCGGGGCCCGCCCCAGCGCGAGGCGCCCCCAGGAGAGCCCGGCCCUCGCAAGGGCUACAGCUGCCCGGAGUGCGCCCGUGUCUUUGCCAGCCCUCUGCGGCUGCAGAGCCACCGCGUGUCGCACUCGGACCUCAAGCCCUUCACGUGCGGCGCCUGCGGCAAGGCCUUCAAGCGCUCCAGCCACCUGUCGCGGCAUCGCGCCACGCACCGCGCCCGUGCCGGGCCGCCGCACACCUGCCCGCUCUGCCCACGCCGCUUCCAGGACGCCGCGGAGCUGGCGCAGCACGUGCGCCUCCACUAAGCUCGAGACCCGGCCUGUGCUGCCCUGCCCGUCUCAGGGCCACCAAGUCUGACCCACACAGCGUCACGCACUCCCACACACACUCCCUGGCUCUGCUGAGGUUACUGCCUUACCCUGGGCCUCAGUUUCCCCAACUUCCAAAGGGAGGCGCAUCAUUUCUUCCUUACCCCCUUUCUAGCUGUGUGAUGUAGACCAAAGUCGUUGCCCCUCUCUGGGCCUGGGAACCAGUCGGAACUGGGUUCCAGUGCAGCUGUGCUGUCUGAGCCUGUGCAAGUGACAUGACCUCUCUAAACCUUGGUUUUCUGCUCUCUGGAGCGGUGAACCGGUGGUUGUCUGCGGGGAAGAGAUGAUAAAGAGCACGGGCACGGUCUGGUUCAUUUCUGUAUCUACCCCCCUUCCGCCCACGCCCCCGACCCUUUGCUCAAUAAACAUUCCGCACUCCA